AUGAAGAAAAGGAAGUUGCAGUCCUGCGAAGAGGGAGAGGUAAAUAACGAGGAGCAUCUAACGGUCAUUAACAAAAGAGAAAGCGUUGAAGACAGAGUAGAGAGUUAUAAAGAAUACAUAUCGGAAGGUAAAAAGAAAUCACAAAUACGAAACAGUAGGCCAAAAAUAGUUGAAUCAGUCGAUUACACAGGGAAAAAAGUUAUCAUAGACAGAGGCGAAAGAGAAAACAAAGAGGAAACGGACAAAAGAAAAGGAAGCGUGCACGUGGAAUACCCACAAACAGAAAGUAAAAACGAAAAAAACUUACAGGCAUUCAACAACUACAUUAAAAGCAUAAGGAUGAUUAACAAACGGAUAGCUGAAGUGACGUUUAGAGACGCUGAUAUAGGAAUGGACAUCUUCCAAAAAAUCAAAGAAAAGGAAGACAAGACGUGCAUAUACAGAAUCCCAAGAAGGGCUAAGGAACGGUGGGGUGUAUGCAGAGAAUGGGAGUAUUCGCCCAGGGAGCUAAUAGAAUUAGCGGAGGACGGACAAGAACAUAACUGCAACAGCAAUGAGAAUACGCUCCCUAAAAACGCACCGGUAAAGGAAGAAAGGAGAGCAGAGAAAUGGGACACAAAUACAAAACAGGGAAUAGUUAACUACACGCAAAACAGGGAACAGAGAUUUGGGAGGACGUAUACAAGGAGGCCAAGAUUCCCCAAUAUAAAGCCGGAAGAUUUCGACAAACAAGAAGAAGAUCGAAGGAAGAAAAGGGAAAUAGCUAAACAAAUAGAGACCUUAAAACCAACACACAGCUCAGGGUACACCAGAAAGGAAAGAGAAGAGGGAAAGAAACACGGAAACGAUAAAACAGAGCCCUCAACCACAGAAGAUGUUAACAUAAUGUCCGAGGAGGAAUGGGAAGGUUCAGUUAACACGCAGGAAAAUAACAAAUUAACCGAAGUUCAGAGCAAAGAUGGAAAGGAAGAGACAGAAGAAUUAGUCAUAUCUGAAAUAAUAGGAGCGAACGUAGAAGUAAAGGAAAAUAGAAUGGAAACGGAAAUAAGCGACCCAGGCGAAGACGAAACAGAGGAAACAAGAGAAGAAAAACAGGAAUAUCCGGAGAAAGGAGAGAAGUGGGAAGAAGUAGAGAUCAGGAGAGAAAGAUUAUGUCGUGUAAUAUAAAAAUAGGCUUUUGGAAUGCCAACAGUCUGAAAAAUAAAAUAACGGAUGUAUUUAAUGUAAUAGACGAAUAUGACAUGUUAUUUAUAUGCGAAACAUGGAUAGAUAGAAUACCGGAAAAAAAUAUUAAAGGAUAUAUAGUAGUGUACAACACAAUACCCGAUUUUGAAAGAAAAAGAAAAGGGGGUACACCAGGAACUGGAAUGCUAAUAAUAAUAAAGGAAGAAAUCAAUUUUAGCACUCUGCAUGGAAUUGCGAAAGGCAGGACACAUUGGGGCGAGCGCUGGCUCAAAUCCUAGACGAAUGGGAAAUAGAAGUACUCAACACAGAAACAAAAACAAGAAUAGGACGUAAUACUAAACCAACAUAGAUUUGAUAAUAACAAAUCCACUCUUAGCAAGCAAUGUAAUAUUCUCUGAAUCCAACGUAAACCUAGGAUCGGACCACCAAAUCAUGAAUAUAAUCUUGGUUUCUAACUCAAAUAUAGGAACGGAAGAAAAUGAUCAGAGGAUAAUCAGACAAUCUAGAAGACUAUAUGGAAGGAAAGAUAGAAUUAAUUGGAAACAAAUUAGAAUGGGACAAGAAAACAGAAAAGAGGAAAUAAUAGGACGAUUUAGAGAAACAAAGGACAUAAACAACAAAUAUAAGGUAUGGACAAACGCGAUUAAGGAAUCCAUUAAAAAUUCCCUAGACAAGAAUAUAACUAAAGAUAACAACAUAAAUAAUAAUCUACAAGGUACAGGAAGAAAGAAAAACAGCAAGAAAAACCACGCAAAAAAGAAAAAAUACUGGUGGGACGAAGAAUGUAGAGAAACAUGGAAAACAUGGAUGGAAAGUUGUAAAAAAGUAUGGAAAACAAGAAAAAUGGAAGACUUUGUGAUAAUGGAAAGCAUAAGGCAGAAAUGGUACAAAAUGAAAAGAGAGAAAAAAGAAAUCGCGUGGAAUACAUUCACGGAACAGAUAGCAAACGAACAUGAUCUGGGAAAAAUCUGGGAUAAGGUGAGAAUUAUCAAGAACUACUAUACCAAAGAAAAGGCGAUUAUGAAUAACAAAACCAGAAAAGAGUUAGAGAAAAUAGAAAUAGAAAACCUAAAACAGAAAAACUAUACCAUAGACGACCCCUUCGAAGGGACCGAAGGAGGAAACACGGAGUAUGAGGUGGAAGAGGACCCGAUGUAGUCCCAGAAAAUAGAAAAUAUAGAAAUCCUGGUAACAAUAACAUCGCAAAAAAAUAAAUGCUCAGCCCCAGGAGACGAUGGGAUAGAAUAUAAAACAAUAUACGAACUGACACAGUAUAUGAAGAACCUCUUGUGCGAAAUGAUCAAGACAAGCUGGGAAACAAAGAAAAUCCCACAAGAUUGGAAGGAAGGAAGAAUAUGCUUCAUGAACAAGCCCAACAAGGCGGCGUUAAGGCCCAUUACCCUAACUUCCUGUACAGGAAAAAUAAUGGAGAAAAUCAUAAACAGAAGAAUAUCUAUGUGGGCAGAAUCCUCCAACAAGAUAGAUGAGUCGCAGUCGGGCUUCCGAAAUAGAAGAUCAACUACCGAUAACCUAAACAGAGUAGUAUCAGAAAUUAAGUAUAACAGACUAAAAAACAAAGACACCGUCACAGCAUUCGUGGACAUAAAAAGCCCGUAUGACAAUGUAAAUCUCGGUACGCUAAUCGACAUCCUAAUGGAACUAGGAUGCCCCAGAAAAAUAGUCAGGUGGAUAAAGGAAUGGCUAAAACAAAUAGAAGGAUUAAUAUCACGAACAGUAAUGGGGUAAAUUAUAAUAUACCAUGGAAAAUAGGGGUACCACAGGGGGCCAUAAUAAGCCCAAUUUUAUUUAAUUUAUAUAUAGCAGGUAUGGAGAAAAAGCUAAAGACCGAAAAAAUAAAAUGCCUCUUAUACGCGGACGAUGUGGCAUUAUUAACAGAACGGAAGAAAACGGAACAAAUUAAAAAAUCAAUUGAAAAAGGUAUAUACAUACUCAGUGAAUUUUUGGACUCAAGGAAAUUAGAAAUCUCGGAAGAAAAAACAAAAAUCAUGUUUUUCGGUAAGCAACCGGAAUCCAACAAUAUCAAGAUAAAGUACAAAAACACAGAAAAAAAUGUAGAAGUGGUUAACAUUAACAACACCUUCCCCGGACUUAUAAUAGACAAUAAAUUAAAUUUCAACGAACAUAUGGAGAUGGUCUGUAACAAACUCCGGAAGAGACAUAGUGUGGUUAAAUAUCUAUGUCAUGGAAAUAAAGGUAUCAAGCAAAGUCAGGCCAUACUGUUAGUUAAAGCACUUAUGUCAUCGGUAGUAGAAUAUGGAUCGUCAAUAUAUAUGACACAAAAAAGACAGAACAAACAAUAUGAAAAACUGAGAAAAGCAGAAACGGCAGCUAUAAGAACAGCAAUGGGAUAUAGACUCUCAACUCCAUUAAAUGUGAUAUAUAUAGAAACAGGAUGGAUAGGACUAAAAGAAAAAGCGGCCUACCUGGCAGAAAGAUAUUGAGUAAAGCAAUUCGAGAAAGGUAAAAACAACAAUCCAACUCUCAAACUAUUCAGUAACAUCAUUUCAGAAUUUCGAAACCUAACGAGGAGACAGAGAAGUAAUAAAAUAACAAUCAUCCCAAACGCAUCAGAAACAGCUUUCUAUGAGAUCUGGAAGGCCAAAUAUAAAAUUGAGGAAAGACAAUUCAUACAAGAAAAAAUAGAGAAAUGGAAAAAAGCAACAAAAGUAACACCAGACAAUCACAAUAACAGGGACAUUAUACUAGAUACAGAUACAGGUAGACUUGUAGAAAAUGGAGCAAUUCCAAAAAGAAGCA